UCUUUAAUUGUGGAACGUAUAUCUUUGGACUUAUGGGCGUGUUGUUGUUCUUAAUAACCGCAAUUAUUUUCGCAAUCAAUAAACACAGUGCACAGUGCAAUUUUCUUUUUAGUCGCUUUGCUUGUCCAGUGGCAACAUUCACCAGAUAAUUCUCUUUAUGAUUUAAAGUGGCUAAAUGUUCUUCAGUGGCUAAUCAUUUACUGGAUUGGAUUGUUAUUGACGUUUGUUUGAGUGCAGGCUCAUUUGCAAACAACUAACGUUCCACAAUGAACUACGGACGGAAGACCCCAAGUAUGGGGACACCAUCUGUCUAUUCUCAUAUGACAAACAGGUCCUCUGCAGGUUUAAAAUCUUCUCGGUCACUUCGAUCAUUAAAAACACCAUGGUAUCAGAAACCAAUAUUACAAGAUGCCAUUAUCCUUGAUUUACAAAGAGGAGCUCUUGUGGUAGCUGUUUAUUCACUGGUUCUCAGUCUGUUUACAAUCAGCACGGCUGUAUUUGAUAUUUACUGCCUUGCAAUGGCAACUCCAGGCUCGACUCAUUACGGAUAUUACAUUAUCAGCUUUGAAUUUGUUUAUGUUGGCAGUUUGCAUGUUCGAAACGCACUUGUUGUGUUUGCGUUGUUUUCAUUAAUUGGAGGAAUGGCUUUAUUCGUGACAAGCAUCAUGCUUAUUCUUGCUCUUCGAAAGGAAUAUGAGAAGAAGAUGGUACCAUGGAUUUAUUGCUUUGCAGCAUUUACACUGUUCCGAUUAUUUGCCUUCGUAUUUGCAUCUAUUGUGAAUGACAUGAUAUUUUCGUACAAUAUUGCCAUGUGCUUUUUGUGGAUUAUGUUUUCGGCUGCUAAUGUGUAUGGCUUUCUCUUGGUAUAUUCCCUGUACCUGGAACUUUGUGAUUUGACGAAGCUAGAAGAUCUGGCACAUUUAAGAAUGGGCACAAUGACAUCGUUGAAUGCGUCUACUACCCACUCCAUAGCAGGAUCUCGACCAACAACACCCCAUAGCACAGUCUCAACAGCUCCUGCAACAGGAUUUUGAAAUGUGUAGACAGGACUUGACAUAAAAUGACAAAGAAUUGAAAUUAGCAAUGUGGAUGGUCCCACUUUUCUAGAAAUAAUUUACACCUGAUGAGUGCUGUUAAUAAACAAACAUUAUUUUUACAAAUAUUAUUUUUUGCGUGAUGCCAUUUGUCAGUAGUUUAAGAUUUUUGCAUUUAGAACAUAACUUGGUCAUAUUUACCCAUCAGUUUUGAAGAAUAAGUGCAGUUUUUGGUGUCAUGCCAGCAUUUUGCGCUACUUGUCAUAAAAUAUGUGCAGCUGUAAACCACAAAUGCACUUGAAAGAUUUUGUCUAUGAAUUCAGUUUAAAAAAAGGCAGGCUUUAAUGUUUCAGUUUAUUCAAGUGGAUUAAUUCAAAUCUCAACUGAUUAAGUGUUAAAGAAUCAUGAGAAUAUUAUUUGUAUUUCACCCGUUCUCAUGAGAUUCUUUUCCUCUGUGAGAAGUACUUAAUUUGACAGCAUUGUAAUGUAUGUAUACUCACAAAGAAAAAGACCUUGUUCUUGAAUCUCAUUCGUGUUUUGGAAGAAUGUAUCGUGAUUGCGAGUCUUCACUUUACAGUAUGAUACUAGAAAUGUUAUUGUCUUCUCUAUUGCUGUCGAACAGUUCAUUGUCAUAAGAAAAACUGUGCUCACAGAUUAUUCAUAUAUUUCACAUACAAACAGUGAUUUUAAAAGUGAGAGUUGACUUGUCUAUAAGUCACUUAUAGCUUCACUGUAGCUGGACAGUGUAUAUUUUUGAUAGAUACUAUAAAAGUGAGAUUAAUUGGAUCAAAAGGAAAGUUCGCUUGAAAAAACUGUUAAAUUGCAGGCAGACAGAACGACUGACCAAUACUUACACUUAAGAUGGGAAAGUUCAAAUACUGCUGGUACAUAAAUUUUAAUGUAGGAAGUAAAAAUAACAUUUAGCCACCAGAACUGUUGUCCUUUUCUAUGGGAGAAAAGACGGGUAGCUUGGGGAAGGUUGGAAGGAGGAGCAUGUAGCUUUGACAGAUGUCCCAGUUUGGGGGCUGUGUAACCUGCACCUCUUUCUCGUCAGCGUCCAAGGUAUUCCUCUUUUCUUCUUGAGGAAGUACUAGCAGUUCUGAAAACUAGACAUUAUUGUUUCUAUUUUUAAAUUUGCAUUUUUGGUGCACAUAUAAUACUGCCUCACGAUGUCAAAUACUGGUCAGCAAUGCCAUCUACUUGUAUACUGAUUUGUCGAUACAGAGACUUUGUGCAUUUAUACUAAUUUCAGUCCAAUCAGUAAAAAUGUGGUAUAUUACAGAAUUUAAACUUUUGCACUAUAAUUAAUGAUUUCCAAGUUCCUGGCUUUGCAACAGAGUUAAUGUUAUCAUUCUCCUUCAGCAAGAUUUUGACAACCUCCCUAAAUGUCUUUGUCAGGUGUCGAUUGCAGCCUUUGAGUUGGCCUUAAAUUCUGUAAGAUUUUUAUUCUUUGACAGUGCUUGUAAAUAUCACUAGAGUGGUGUGCAAUGUGUCCUGUCCACAGUUUUGUUAGAGUCCAGAUGGCAAGCAUUGAACUCUGCACAUGACACCUCAUGAAGACAACUAGAGAGAUUGUCAGAAUAUCAUGGAAGGACGAACCUUUCAGUUUGUUUUGACACAUCCCACUGAAUGAAAACUGUGUGCCAGCCUGGGUCCCGAACCCAGAACAGCUGUCCAGGCACAACUUGUGAUUCACCCUCACAACUUACUGGCAGAAGUAAUGUUGUGAGUUGUGCCUGGAUGGCUGUCAGUAAGAGCAUUGCCUGCUAAAGGCACUGUUAUGUGUUAGAGUUUGAAUCUGGCACGCGAUGUUCAUCUGUCAGGAAGGAUCAUAGAAGAAAAGUGACAACUAAUCUGGCAGCAGAACCCAGAAACUUGGAAAGGUAGCUGUGUGAACUUUGGCAGUAUUAAAGAAAAAAAAAUUUUUUUGUUGUUGUUGUUGUGGAAGAGUAUUAAUCUUUACUUCCUGCUAUGAGGAGCUCCUUCUAUUUUAAUAAAUAUUAUAUUGUGAGGUACCAAAAGAUUCAUUUCAGUAUUAAAACAGAGUUUUUUAGUACAGUCUAUUUAGUUAUCAUCAGUAUUCUUGGUUAUUUCAUAAUAAUUGGGGAUGGAACAUGUAACAAAUAAUAUUUUUGUGUGUAAAAGGUCAUGUGGAGUUAUUUGCUGUGCAGCAUUUAAAGUAAUUGUCAUGUCAGUCAUGUAGCUGGCACAAUAACUGUAUAGCAUUAUUUGAAUCUGUAUGUUUUUCUUGAACUGGAGAAUCUGCACUUUUUAUUGUGUUUUAUGUGCUACUAUGUCCCUAUUUUUUAACUAGUUCAUUAUUAUGACUGGUCAGAGUAUAUCUAAGUGACAAGUUUACAUGUCCAGUAAAAUAUUGAUGUGUUAUAUCACAUUUGUGUAUAUCAUGAGCUUGCAAAUCCGUCCAACUUUUUAUUAUAUUUCUUAAAUAUUUUUUGAUUAUACAGGUUACAAUAAAUAUUUUAAUGAA